AUGAAAUAGGGACGCGUUGGGAAGGUGUGAGAAAUAAUGCUAAAUAUUCACAUGAAAGGGAAAGAUUUCGGUUGAUUCAAGUAUUAGGAAGGCUCGGAGUUGAUAAUACUUUAAGAAAAUGAGCCAAGGCAAUCAAGAGCGUAUCGAAUAUCAUUUAGAUACCUAAUAAACAGAAACAAUUGAUUGUAUUUAUUUGCUUCUACCGGUAGGUGGCGGUAAUGCACCUUGUUUAGCUGCUCGUCAAACCUCCGAAAAACACUAGAAGAAGAAGAACACGACGAGCAGAGAGAAGAAGAGUGUUUAAAUCUGACAUAAGUUGAUUAAAGGGGUGAUUGAUGACAUGAGUUAUCCAGAGAUAUUCAGAAUAAAACAUGAAGAUACAGAGCAACAAGCAGAUUUGCUGGAAAAUCAGGGUUUCGUGUGACUUAAUAUGUUCAUCCAAAGUCGAAUCUAUCCAUUCAUCCAAUUGGGAACUUUAUUGGAGAGUGUGUGCUUUAACCGGGUUAAAAAGUGAGGAUUAUUCACAUCAUCAUCAUCCUACAUGACAGGUACAGAAGUUAAAGAGGAGGUCGAAGACAUGAGUGAUUCGGAGCCGUCCGGAAUAAAACAUGAAGAUGCCGAGGAACAAACAGACUGGACGGGCUGUAAAACCGAAACUCCGAGAGCGAAACCGCUGCAGACCUGCUCGCUGUGCGGAAAGAGCUUCGGAAAGAAAGCGAUCCUCGACAAGCACAUGAGAAUCCACACCGGAGAGAAACCGUACACGUGCCCCCAGUGCGGGAAGAGCUUCACGGCGGCGGCGAACCUCAGCUAUCACCUGCUCGUUCACUCCGGAGAAAAGCCGUUCGGCUGCGACCGGUGCGAUAAAAAGUUCGUCUCGUCGUCAAGUCUAAAAAAACACGCGAGAGUUCAUUCGGACGAGAAGCCUCACGUGUGUCCUUUCUGCGGAAGGGGCUUUUCGUGGCUGGCCGGUUACAAGCAGCACCGGAAAAUACACGACGAGGUGAGAGAUCACGUGUGCUUCGAGUGCGGGAAGAGCUUCACUACGACCAGAUACCUGAAGCAGCACCAGAGGAUCCACACCGGAGAGAAACCGUACAAGUGCUCGUACUGCGACAAGAGCUUCACUCGAGCCGAACACCUGAACGUGCACGAGAGGCUCCACACCGGAGAGAAGCCGUACCGGUGCGCUCAGUGCGGGAAGAGCUUCACCGACGCCUCUGGACUCAGCUAUCAUCUGCACGUUCACUCCGGAGAAAAGCUGUUCAGCUGCGACCGGUGCGAUAAAAAGUUCAUCUCCUCGUCGCACCUGAAAAACCACCUGACCGUUCAUUCGGGCGAGAAACCUCACGUGUGCUCUUACUGCGGGAAGAGCUUUUCGAGACUGGAUGUUUGUAAACAGCACCAGAAAACACACACUGAAGCGAGAGAUCGUGUGUUGUAGGUGUGGGAGGAAAUUA